CUCUAUUUGACCCGGCCCGGCUGGGAAGACACAGAGAGAGAGAGAGAGAGCACAUCGGCGGCGGCGGUGCUUCCUGGGGACGGACCGGGUACUGCUUGCAACUGGAAAGUUCAUCUCAAUGGCUUCCAAUGGAAGCUCGAAGUGCCUUCUGACUCUCACUCUCUCCAUAGCUCUCACUGCGAUCUCAGCUUCUACUGUACUCUCCGUUUAUUUGCUGAGAAGCAGGAGAAGAUCGAGGCAGCUGAGAUCGAAGGUGCGAGAGCUGGAAGCUUCUCUCAGCUCCGCCCUUGAAAAAUGCGCCGCCGAGAGGCAAGGCCGUGUUCGAGCUCAGCAGGCCUUGAGGAAAGCAAUUGCAGAACCUCAGGCUGACAAUUUGGAGUCAACAUCAUACCCCAUGAGGCCUAUAGGUGUUGUGAAGUCAUGCUUCUCCACGAGGAAUGGGACACCACGGCAGCCUUUACUUGUACCCCUUGCUAGAGCAUCUUUGAUAUUUGAUGCAUCUAGAGUACCUCCAGCAUCACUUGAGGGCCUCGAAGAGUAUUCUCAUUGCUGGAUAAUAUAUGUAUUCCAUCUCAAUACAGAUUUGGAGAAGUUAUGGAAGCAUCCGGCAAGAUCAAAAUUCAAGGCAAAGGUAAGAGUACCGAGAUUAAAAGGUCGAAGGAUAGGAGUCUUUGCUACUCGAUCUCCACAUCGACCAUGUCCAAUAGGACUUACAAUUGCAAAGGUGGAGGCAGUCAAAGGCCAUAUGGUUUUACUUUCAGGUGUAGAUCUAGUUGAUGGAACGCCAGUACUGGAUAUCAAACCUUAUGUACCAUACUGCGACAGCAUACCAGGCGCCACCGUGCCUAAAUGGUUGAUGGGGGACAACUCACUGGUGGUUGCUUCUGUUAAUUUUUCUACCGAUUUCUUUGCAACACUCUCUGAUAGUUGGGCUACUAAAGCGAUCAUUUAUCAGGGCAGAACAUCACUCUAUGCAUCUCCUGAUGACUUCCAAAAGUUGAUCAAGGAAGUCCUAUCCUGGGACAUUCGGUCAGUAUCUCAAAGGAACUAUCCCCACGAUUCACUCACUAAGGCUAGUAAACAUGCAGAGUUGAGCCAAGACUCUGAAGAAGAAGGUUCUGAUGAAAAUGAGAGAGUUGCUGCAAGUUGCGGUGACAUUCUUUAUCACCUUUUGUUGGAAGGACUCGACAUCUCAUACAGGAUCGACAGCAAUGGCAAUGUCUUUGUGGAAAAGGCAACAGUUCCCAAUGACACGCCAAAAGAAUGAGCGGCCCAGCAUUUUUCCCAGCUGUGGGCAGGAGUGGGUCGGAGAGGUGAUGGAGGUGAAAAACCAACAAUGGAGAAGCGGUUCAAAUUUCAUAGUGGCUGAGAUGAAGGUGAAGCAGGUUGCCUGAGGAAGACGAUUGAGGUGGUGAAAUGUGAAAAAUUAUGGCUGGACUUAUAAAAGAAAAAGUUGAAAACUGUGAAGUAUAAAGAAUUUCAAUCAUUAUAUUUGUGUCAUGUCAUUAUGAUUAUCCCAUUUCUUUGUCCAGUUCAAUCAUAAUUUAUGCUAAUUAUAUGUGAAGUUAAGAUUACUAUUGAUGAAUCUUGAAACGAGACAUGUACCGUAGCCAUCGAAGGAAACUAGAUAGGUCGAUCAAAAUGAAUUCUUGUUUUGACUGGACAGUAAUAAUAUGGCUGUGAUCUGUCAUUACGUGCAACUAUCUCCACUCUAGAAAGAAAAUAUAUCAAUAUAGCUUUUUUCUCGAUAUCUUUGAUUAAUUUGGGGCUUACUUUUAUGAACCAAUGAAAUAUGUAUCGUUUGACAGAUAAGAAAUUGUCCUUCACUUUAUAUAGACGAACGAACUGGUUCAAUAAUUAAUAUGCCCUUUUUCAUCAAUUAUGUAAGAGUUAAAUCCUUUUGAAUCAUCAGAAUAUCCAAACUUAUUUCUCCCUUUGAAUAGAGGAUAUAGCAAUUUCUUUUGGAUUUAUCAAUCUAAGCAAGAGACAAUAUACUUUGAUAUUAUUGAUCAUUCUUUGAUUUAAAUGCAUAAAACUGGUGCAAGAUCUAGUACAUUAUGAUGAUAGCAAAUUUAAAGGACAUAAAAUAAGAGCUAGUUGAAAAUUGUUUAAUUUUUCGAAGAUAAUUGAAGCGAGGAAUUGCAAAAGAAACAAGAUUUGCUCCUCUCAAUUCUUUUGGGCAAAUGUCAUUACUCUAAUCACGAUAAAAUCUCUUUUUAAAGUAUUUUUAUUAUCUGCUAUUCAUGUAGUUGGGUUUUGACGAUAAGUUAUUUCUUGGAUUGACCAUGAUUAGCAAAUUUUUUAUUGACCUAGUAAAAUGCUGGUGCUGAUUGUAAUUUUCUAUCUUUUCAUCAAGAUUUCUUCUUGAAGUAAUUCCCUUUAAUGUCAGUCAUCAUUGUAGGAAUUUGCCAUCUGUGAGGCUCUUCUGAAAUAAUUUCUUUUCUAAAUUUCUAAUAAUUAGUUUCUGUGGUGACAAUAUAGUACUGCUGCUGUAUCCUAGAAUAUUCAGCCUAGUGUAAUUGAACAAAAGAAAAAUGUCUACAGAAUAAUAGAGGUGGCACAAGAAACAGUUCAAUGUGGGUACUGUUAAGAAGUUUAAGGCUGUCUUGUUAGUCAUUCCAGCCCUGCCGGUUCUAUGGAAAGUUCUUGUCUAGACCUGGUGGAAAAGGAUUUCUUUACAUUAAGCUUAUUACAGAUGUUAAUGGUAGUAGGCCUCGCAUUUAUUACGCUAGAGCUGAUACUAAUUAACGGUUGUGAUUGGCUUGGUGUGAAAGAAUCUUUUCACAUCCGGUCUAGGGAAGAAUAUCCCGGAAUCUAGGUGUUCCCCUGCAAUAUAAUUUAAUGGCCAUUUUCACAUGCAAGCUCACUGGCUUUAGGAGGCGGUUUUUGGAAUCCGUGAUUGGUCUGAUUCAUGGUAACAAGCUGUCGUGCUUAAAAGAAUCAGUAUCUCGCGGAUUUGAUGUUCAUUUAUGGAAAAUUAUCUGACCCCAUCCCCCGGACAGUCUCUUGUACCUUCGGAGCUGUCGGAUCUACACUGAGAGGUUGGGGGCAGUGCAGAUCUGACGGUCCCGGAGGUACAAGGGACCAUUUGGGGGAUGAGACCAUAAGAUUUUCUGUGCAUUUGCUUACCAGUUUGGAGGAGAAGACGAGAGCAGAUUGGUCUGGAAUUAAGAUAUGGAGAAAGUUUGGUGUUUAAAUGAAUAGGAGUUCUGGGAGGGCCCUUCAAGAACAUGAUCAUUGCAGGGAUAUGUUGGUGGUUACUUUUAAAUGAUUAAUGUUGAUUGCUAGUGCAGCUGGGAUAUGUCAUAAAGAGUGCUUCUGUGUAUCACUACCCGGAGCUAGGAAUAUGGGAAAAGCGGAACGCAAUUGAUAGAAUUUCUCAACUGUUAUGAUGUCAAUUGAACUCAACAAAGCCUGUGAGUUUGUUUUUGCUUUCAUCGAAGGUUAAUGCCAUUUCUUAACUUGAAGGAAUUGGGCACCAUAACAGUUGAAGGAGAAGGGCUCCGGCCUGCAGUUUCACCACGACCGUAUGUAUCAUCUGCACUAUGUUACUUAACUGAGAUGGAAAGUUUGUGGACAACAAUCGAUAGCUGUGGACGAUUCCUGAGAACCGAACAUGAAUCUGAUUGUUGUGGAGAAAAGCCAUAUUGUUCCCCAUAGCAAAGGUGGUUUGUGUGGAAAGCUAGGAGUUAUAGACAACCAACUGCGUCUGUUUUGUCCGUAACUUUCUUGUCUUGGUUAUCUGGCAUAUAAUGGAGAUCCUUAACAUGGCUGAGAUGCUGAGUUCUUGUCUCAGCUGAGCAUCUCACCUGGUUCGGUUCUUGUUGAGCCAUCAGCCUAGGCGGCCUUUGUAAACAGAAAAGGAAAAACACAUAGACUAGUCAUUUGGUAUUGCGAAGUAGGAAUAAUGUAAUUCGACAUUGUGAGUUUCUUGUUUUCCUUUUGUCCUUCCAAUUUCGUUUCUGUGUCAUUUUUCAAUGGUGUGCUAAAAGGGCUGUAAAGGUUUUAUUCUGAUGAUGCAUGCAAAUGCAGAUGUUGGUUAAGACAUCUUCAUGAGUUGUA